CUACAUCCGUGGGGUUAAAUUAAAAUUUGUGGAAGGUAUUGCCCCUUUUACUUUACUUCUUAGGAUGUACAUACAACAAACCUUUUAUUAAAAAGAAGUACGAACUACGAUGUACGACUUUUCGUGGUGACGGAACAUUGACGGUAUAUUACAGUACCUUUAGACCUUUAUCAGAUUCUUUCCAUGACUACUCGAUCGUAUAAAGCAAAACCUUGCAAUCGGCUUGUCAAAGUUCAUUUCAUCGGGUUUUAGAUGGCAGAGAAAGACUGUAUAGUCUGAAAUCUACAGGUACUCUGUAUAUGCCGAAGGCGUAUAACACCGGCAAGAUUGUUUACGAAUAUCCCUUACGAGUUGGACCACAAUUCCGGAAUACUUUGUCUACUUUACAUGCAAUUGAAUCGGGUUUCACUUUAUAACAAACUUUGUGAAGGUCAAGAACGUUCAUUGUACUACUACCUAGAAGUACGUAAUGGAUCCCCACGAGAAAUUUAUGAAUGCCGCAAUCGAAGAAGCCGAGAAUGGGAAGAAGGAGAAUGGAAUACCUAUUGGAUCGGUACUGGUUCGGGAAGGGAAGAUCAUCGGACGGGGUCAUAAUCAGCGUGUACAAAAAGGCAGCGUUGUACUUCACGCCGAAAUGGAUGCCCUAGAAAACGCCGGACGAGGAGUACCGUACGAAGAAUGCGUGUUGUAUACGACUUUGUCUCCCUGCGCCAUGUGUAGUGGAGCUAUUCUGUUUUAUAACAUUAAGCACGUUGUUAUUGGUGAAAACAAGUCGUUUAUGGGAGAGGAAGAUUUGCUGAAACAACGUGGUGUUAAACUGGAAGUUCUAAACAAUGUGCGCUGUACGGAGCUGAUGAACACAUUUAUCAACGAACAUCCCAGUCUGUGGUACGAGGACGGAAGAGAUGAUAGUAAUAAAUGAUUAUUAUACCGAAGUUUUUUACAGAUAAGCUUUUUUAAAACCAAUUACAUUACUUCCAGCGAAGCGUGUACAGUUCGAGUUGUAAUAAUUCAGAUGAUUGUCUACUGUUUGUGAGGGACUCAUCGGGUUCGGAAGAUAGUGCGAUCAU